AUUAUCCACUUCUCAUUUGCAUUUAGUAUUUCCUCUCUCUUCUUUCGACUGUUCUUCUUCUUCUUCUUCGUAACUUUCUCUCUCUUAGGGUUUUCUGUUUCAAUGGCGGAAGAGGUUCAGAAUGGAGGUGCCGAGAACGGAGCAGCAAAGGCUGUGACUGUCACUUUCACGGCGAUGAAGCCUCAGCUGAUUGUGGAGGCACCUAAAGCUGGAGAUGCCGUACAGUUCUACAAGGCUGCGUUUGGUGCUGAGGAAGUGAACCGUGUGAAUCAUCCGAAAAGGAAGGCCGAGCAGGAGCUUCCUCUCAUCCUCUCUGCUGAACUCAAACUCGGUUCCACUACUUUCCUUGUUUCCAAUUCCGACCUCACUGAUGACUCUUCUGCUCCUGUCAAGACUGCAAGCGGAUGCGUUUUUUGCUUGGAGACAGAGGAUGUGGAAGGUGCUGUGGCCAAGGCCGUGACUGCCGGUGCUGUCUCUGAGGGUGAAAUAGCCGAGGGUGAUGGGGCUUGUUGUGGUGGACGCGUUGGCAAGCUGAAGGAUCCCUAUGGCAACGUUUGGCUCGUCUGCUCUCCCAGCAAGAAGUGCGAGUGAUAUGGAUAUCAGUAGUUCAGUACUUUUGUUAGGGUCAGCUUGUUGGGGAAUCCGGUUCUUUUGUUAUUAGGUGGUAAAAGAAACUUUUAUGUCGCUGUUAAGCGCGGAUGGAUUAGGUUAAUUAGGCAGUUAGUUUAACAGAAUCUGUUUGCUUUUGAACGGUGAAAAUGUUGGACACCAUUAAACUCUGACAGCUGUCUUCUAUUGGCAUAUAAUUACAAGUAUGUUUUCUUAGUA